UCCAAUUAUGGACAUCAGUCACAGCCACAGCAACAACCCAUGUUCCAGUUUCAUGGUAUAUUUUUUUCUCUUGCUAUUUCACUUGCUACUGCUUGUGUCCUCAUGUUCAGGCAAUGGCAACGUCAGCGACAAAUGCACAGAGACUGAGAGAAAGGCACUUGUCUAUUUCAAGGAAGGUCUCAUCGAUCCUCUUGGAAGGCUUUCCUCUUGGGUUGGAUUGGAUUGCUGCCGAUGGCAAGGGGUAGAAUGCAACAACCGAACUGCUCAUGUCACUGAGCUUGACCUCCAUAGUUAUUCCUUGAGUGGAGAGAUUCCAUCUCAUCUAGGGAACUUAUCAGCCUUGGAGUUUCUUGACCUGAGUAUGAAUCGUGGUUUGCAUGCCAAAAGCCUUCUAUGGCUUUCAAGUCUGUAUUCACUGGAAUAUUUAAAUCUAGGAUGGGUGAACCUUGUUGACGUAGGAGGACAUUGGUUGAAAGCAGUUAACAUGCUGCCAUCUCUUUCGUCUUUAUAUUUGUAUGAUUGUAGGCUUACAAGCCUUGAUCUCACCCUUCCAUCAGUCAACUUCACUUCACUUGAGGUCCUCAAUUUGUUUGGCAAUUCAAUUAAGUCUCCAUUACCGCACUGGUUCUCUAACCUAACCAAUCUUGAAGUGCUUAAUCUGGCAACAAAUAUUCGCUUCGGUGGUACAAUUCCGGGUUGGCUCGGAAAUUUGUGCAAGUUGAGACUUUUGAGUCUCAAUUCGAACCAUUUCCACGGUGGAAUUGUUGAGUUUCUGGACCGUCUCUCAGCUUGCCAUAAGAAUAGUUUAGAGUACCUUGAUUUAGGAGGCAACGACCUCGAAGGAAUCUUGCCAGGAUCAUUAGGAGCACUCAAGAAUUUGCAAGAAUUGGACCUCAACACUAACUUCUUUUGGGGUUCAAUUCCGGCUUCUAUAGGGAACUUGUCAUCCUUGAGUUUAUUGGAACUCUCUCAUAAUCAUCUCAAUGGAACAAUUCCCGAAAGUUUUGGGCAACUCACCGAGCUAUCCAUAGUGGAUCUACAAUCAAACCAAAUGGAAGGUGUCUUGACAGAAGCCCAUUUAGCAAAUCUCACCAAAUUGGAUUCUUUCAGGCUCACAACAUACCCAAAUAAGUCAUUGAUUAUUAACGUGAAAUAUGACUGGGUUCCUCCCUUCAGGCUUAGAACCCUCACAUUAAUUAAUUGCCUGGUAGGUCCUUCUUUUCCAGUUUGGCUUCAAGUUCAAAGCAAUCUUUCCUAUGUUAUAAUUUCCAAUGCAGGGAUUUCGGACACUGUAGAAGAAGAAUGGUUUGCCAGAUUAUUUUCUAAAUGUUGGUACGUAGAUCUUUCCAAUAACAACAUCAAGGCCAAGUUACCCAGACAAAUUUACUCAGAAUGGUUAGAUAUUAUUGAUUUGAGUAGGAAUAGCUUCGAGGGCCAGAUCCCACUUUGGUUGACUAAUGCAAGGCAAUUGUAUCUCCAGAGAAAUUCAUUUUCAGGUUCUAUUCCACAGAACAUUGGGGAACUAAUGCCAGGGUUGCAAACCUUUUUUCUUUCUAGGAACCAGAUCAGUGGUAGUUUGCCAUCAUCAUUAUGCAAAAUGAAGGGUCUAAAAUUUCUUUCUGCCGGGCAUAACAGGUUCUCUGGAGAACUUCCAAAUUGUUGGAAUGAAUUGCCAAGCUUGAAAGUUCUGGAUAUCUCAAACAAUAGCCUCUCUGGUAAAAUCCCAAGUUCCCUGAGUUCGUUAUGUGCCCUCGUUUUGUUGAUAUUGAACAACAACAAUCUUCGUGGCAAUAUUCCUUGUCCACUACACCUUUGCCGGAAUGUACCUCGGCUUUACAUUUUACAGCUUCGGUCGAACCUGCUUGAGGGGAACAUUCCUGAACAACUUUGCCGUCUUUCUCAUAUCCACGAUUUGGAUCUUUCAGACAAUAAUUUUAAUGGAUCCAUUCCGAAAUGUUUCCAUAAUUUCACCAGCUUGAAGUAUGGCAAUACAAGUUUGGAUUACGAAGAGUUAUUUGACCUCCAAGAUAGUACCAUUAAUGAGCAGACACUCCUGGUUGGGACCAAGGGAAGAGAACUUGAAUAUAGCAGAACUCUUCUGCAGGUCAAGAACAUUGACCUUUCAAAGAAUGAUCUUACAGGUGAAAUCCCGGAUGGGAUAUUUAGAUUGGCUUUUUUGGACACCUUGAAUUUGUCAAGAAAUCAUUUAAAUGGAAGCAUUCCCAACAAUAUUGGCGACCUGCGAUUGUUGGAAUCUCUUGAUCUGUCGCAGAACAAUCUCUCUGGGACGAUUCCUCCAAGCCUUGCGUCUUUGUCACUUUUGGCACACUUGAACUUAUCUUACAACAACUUGUCAGGAAGAAUUCCCACAGGGAAUCAGCUCCAAACACUUAAUGAUUCGUCCAACUACGAGGGCAAUCCAUUGCUCUGUGGGGUUCCCCUCCAAACAAGGUGUGCAGGAGACAACUCUCCUUCGACGCCAUCAUCUCAUGGUGCUGAUGGUUCAAAAGACAAGCUAUGGCUCUAUCUUAGCAUUGCGACGGGGUUUGCUGUGGGAUUUUGGAGUGUUUGUGGUACCUUAGUUUUGAAGGAGUCGUGGAGGCAUGCGUAUUUCCGGUUUGUUGAUAACUUGAAAGAAAAAAUGUUACUUUGGAUUUCAUUGAAGGAGGCUCGCUUGCGAAGGAAGUUUGGGAAGGGAAAUAAUUAAAAUAGGAUUAAAGUAUGUACUUGUUCUGAAGAUAUGUGUUUUUUCUUCUUUUGUUUGGUUGUUGCAGCGCAGUGUAUUAUCUUCUAUUUUAAU